CUUCCUGAGUCUGCUUGCCACCUAACUCCAAGCUGAUUUUCGGCUGCGACAGACGAUCCCAAAUACAAAGUUGAUAUACCUACUGGCAAAAAAUCCAGCCUUCAGGUUUACCCACCCCCUGCGAUCCAUUGGGCACAAGGAUUUCAAGAGAAACACUCCACUGAUGUGUGAGAACAGCACCGAGAUUUGUCCUGAGGAAUACACAGACAUGGAGUACAACAGAGCAGAAUCCGUGAAGGAAGUAAGAGCCGCGCGAGCCAAAGAGAGGCGUCUGGCCGCACUGCGUCGCCUGAGUGGCAAGAAAACACAGGCACGAAAAGUAGUGACAGAGGGACGGAACACUGAGUCCUUGAAGGGGCCGGAACAAAAUCAGUCCUUCAAAUACAGCGCACCUCAGACAUGUGACUCUGAGAACGAGGAUGAAGAACACAUUGAAAUUUCUAAGAUUGACUGGGUAACGGAGUGGCUGGACAAACAUUGCUUCUUUGAUGAGCAGGCCUGGGGCGUCGUCAUGGCCGGUGUUGAGGCCACGCCAGAGGAGAUGGAAAACGAACUCCAGAACAAACCCAACCCUCCUGUCGGUAACUUUACAUUGGAUAGUAGAGAAUACACUUCACUAGACAACACCUGCCCCAAGAAAUUUCUCGCCGCCCUCACGCGCCUUAAUCACUUGCAAAAGUCACACGAUGAUAUCCUGGCACAGCUGACCUUCCCCAACAAAAUGGUGGUGCAACAUGUGACAUACAUCGUCAAGGCCUUCCUGAGACGCAUGUACUUUAGAAUGAAGGGCAAGAGCCAUAAGAAACAGGAGGCCGUCAUGCGCAAGAUGCACUACGCCAUGCAGGGCAUCGUGCAUCGCUACUUCAAGCGGGGCAUGGAUAAGAAAGUCUUUUUACACAAAGCAGCGGAGAAGGACGAGUUUGAAAACUGGAGUGAUGAUGAGGAUGACGAGGAAGGUCGAGGCGAUGACGACCAGAUGGAAGAAGGAAGCGUCAACGAACCCAAAGACGAAGAAUGUGACGAAGUUCAGGAAAACGAAGAGAACCAGUCAAAUAAUGAAGACGAAAUCCAAAAAUGUAAGACAGUAAUUGAAGAGAUAAAGAUGGCAAAGAAGUUUGUGAGUAGCGCUGUCACGCUUCACACACAGGCCCCAGAGACUCUGCUGAACACCAUGGAAGCGAUUUACAACGGAAAGGUGACGGUGGAGCACGUGCUCGAACACCCCCAAACUCUCACCCACCAGAAUGACCGCGUGGAAGGGAGCGUGCCAGGGACGGAUGGCCAAGAGGGUAACUCAAGCAACGAAGAAGACGACGAGGACGAGUAUUACAUCCCUGACGACAAGUCACACGCCAGCCUUGAGUUCUCCGACGACGAGAGAAUGCACUGCCACCUCUCAGACGUGGAGGAUGAUGAGUGUGAAACGGAUGACGCUUCUUGA